AUGAAGUUCAUAGUUCCUCGUCUCCUCACCCUCGCUGGGGCAGUCACGGCGGCUACUAUUGGGGCCUCAGCUUCCAAGACGCCUGCCCCACUCACAGGCAUUACGAUCUUCUCUCCUCCUUCAGAUUACAACAUCCCUCGCACACUCUAUGCCCGUAAUGAGCAGCUUCCCAAUGGCGACCUCCUCGCGACUUGGGAGAACUACUCUCCCGAGCCACCGCUUGUGUAUUUCCCAAUCUACCGCUCCAAGGAUUUGGGAAAGACAUGGUCGGAAAUCUCCAAAGUCCAGGACACGGCGAAUGGCCUUGGAUUGCGUUAUCAGCCAUUCUUGUAUUAUCUCCCUGAGCAGAUUGGCUCGUUCAAGGCUGGAACCCUGCUGCUAGCAGGCAACAGUAUCCCCACGGAUCUGUCGACUACCCAGCUCGAUCUGUAUGCGUCCAAGGACAAUGGCGUCACUUGGGAAUUCUUGAGCCAUAUCGCUGCUGGCGGAGAGGCUGUUCCUGACAAUGGCCUGACUCCCGUUUGGGAGCCUUACUUGCUUGCCCACAAUGGCCGACUGAUCUGCUACUACUCGGACCAACGGGCCAACACCACCUACGGGCAGAAACUCGUGCACCAGGUCUCGACUGACUUGAAGAAGUGGGGACCUGUUGUUGACGAUGUCGCUUACCCGACGUACACUGACCGACCGGGAAUGCCCAUUGUUACCAAGCUGCCAAACGGUCAAUACAUCUACAUCUACGAGUAUGGAUCGUUCUUCAACACCUCCAGCUACUCCUUCCCGCUCUACUACCGCUUGUCCUCCAACCCUGAGAACUUUGCCUCCGUUGAGCACCACAAGCUGGUUGUUUCGAGCGGAACUAAGCCUACCUCCUCCCCAUAUGUUGUUUGGACUCCCUAUGGUGGCAAGAACGGCACCAUCAUUGCCAGUUCAGGAACUGAGAGUACCCUGUUCAUCAACAAGGCUCUGGGCCAGGGUGAAUGGACUGAAAUUGCGUCCCCGGAGGCGCACAGCUACACGCGUUCAUUGCGGGUGCUUUCCGAGAAGGGCGGAAGAUAUCUCCUGGUCAAUGGUGGUGGUGUGCUGUCAGGAACCGCUAACAAGGUGACGGCGACUGUGAUGGAUCUUAAGGACUACUUGUAG